AUCUAGAGUUUGAACAAGAAAAUAAAAGGAAGCUGAAUGGGGUGUUACCCCAAUUAUUCCUUUGUUAAAGAUAACACCCAUUAACGCACCCGGGCAGCAAUAAACCGAUAACAACGGAAGUGGGUGUGAGCUUAGGUGACCUUUCUCCGUUUCUCCUGUGUAUUUUGAGGAUUUACCCUAUUUUACGUCAUUUAGAAUUUAGAUGUGAUAUAAGGCGCAUGUUAAAGGAAUACUACAGAAUUCUUUUUAGAAGAAACACCAGACAAGCAAUAAAAUGAUGAUUUCUCGAUUUGUUGUCAUCUGUGUUUUAUUUUAUUUUGGAUAUUCAUACGCUGCUGUUCUACGUAAUCAAAGAGACGGAGAAACAUUAGACAAAAAGGUAUCCGAGCUUCGUGAUCUUCUAAAUGAAAUCAAGAAUAAUAAUGAUGAAAAGGAUUCCUCUGACACUGUUAAGAGCGAAUCAAUUGCGAAGGAAAGUGAUAUGGCAUCACCUAAAAUAUCCGACAAAGCAAGCGCACAGACAUCGUUGCUUUUAUCACCAGAAGAAAUUACCGUUUUAAAGAAACUAAAAGCAACGUUAAAGGAUGAAAUAAAGCAAAGUGAUGAAGGCCUUAAAUCAUUCGAAGAAUCUGUAAAGGAUGAGAAAGUUCCUGUGCAGCUGGGGACGUUUUUAAAUGAACCCUUACCUGAAAAAUCCGUUUCAGACACAGAUCGACUGAAACACUUAGCCUCUCUCAUGUCCGCGAGAUCUCAAACAGAACAAGUCGAGAAAGAUGGUUUUGGCAGAUUUCUUGAUAAUAAAAGCACUAUUUCAUCUCGCAAAAAUUCCUUUAGGGACAAUCUUCUCUACGUGCUGGUGGAUAAAUUACUGGAGGACACAGACUUAUUGCUGAAGAAAGGAUUUUCUCUGACAGACGUAUUAAAUAAUUUAUCUGAAAAAGCAAAAAUGGAAAGAGAGAGAACGGCACUUGAACAGACAUUAGAAAAACUUUUAGACCAGAAAAACAUCUAGAAAAAAAAAAAGACUUUUUAAAAAUAUUCAACAUUUGUGUUCAUAUUAUAAUUGACAAAAUGAUAUCAAAGGUAAAUCAUGGUUUAUUUCUUUACCUGCUCAUCUGCAAGACGAAAUAUUUUUACAAAAAAUUAUCAGAUGAUGCAGAGUGAGAAAAAAGUCAAACAUAGCAUACAAGUACGACAAUAUUUCAAUUGAAUAGUCGUAACUUUGAUAGACAAACAUAAAGGUGAGAUCACAAUACGAUUCUAGAUUUUUUCUAGAAAUUUUUUUUCUAAAAAAUAAUAUUGUAUUCAUUUUUAUCUUUACUAUGUUAAUUGAAUGUAUAAUGUUCAAGGACCACAUAGAAGAAAGAAAUUAAUAUAAAUGUUCAUAAAAAAUAAUGUGUCCUUUUACAUCACAGGAUGCUGAAAUAUAAAAUGGAUAUGAAUGACCACUGAAAUGUUACUGAAAAGUCACUAAAAGGAGUCUCUCAGUGACAUUUCAGUGUCAUUCAGUAUACUUUAAUUGCUACAUGUUCUAUCAUUGCAAAUCCAUUGCAGAUCAUUUCUAAUUUAUAUUAUACUACUAAGCAUUGUUAUCUAAGGCUAGUUAAAAAUAAAUUUGAUUGCUUUGAAAA